CUGUAAUAAUCAGCUUUUUGCAUUUCUACAAGCACAUGACUGGUAAACCCUAACCAAACACUGUAAGGAAGUACUACUUUUCUUAUCUUCAAUACAGUAGACAGUUUGAUCAAAACAACUGUAUGAUGCAAGUUCCUGUAAACACAAGCUCUGAUGUCAGUUUCAUUUACAAGGAAACAGUACCUUAGGAACGAGUUCUAACUACCUCUCACACAAACACAGAUUUCCAAUACCCGACAGCAGCAGACUAACGCAACAGGAUGAAGAUGUCAGGAAGAGUCACAAGUUGCUGUGUAGCGCUGUUCUUCGCCCUGACUUCUGUGUCAGCUGUUCAAACGCUCCGUUCAAUCAAUGCUUUGAAGAAAAUCAACUAUGGCCAAUCUGUGCCCAAACACAGCCUUGUGCUGCUCUACUGGUUUGCCAACACAGUUGAAAUCGACAACAACAAUGUCAUCUGGUUGACCUUUGACCCUAACAGGGGAGAUUAUGGCUCACAUCAUUAUGGCAACUAUGAGGGAAUGCUGGACCCACUGCCUCGGGGAAAUAGAUACCGGUACUACACUAUUGGCAAUCUCAAUCAGGAAACCUCCAUGCCACUUCCAACUUAUGUUGUCCGUCCACUAACAGAGGAUGUGGGAGGAAACAGGGACAGGAUCAUAAUUCGUGUCAGGGAGCAGAACAUGGUAGGGCAAGCUUUGCAGAUAGAUCAAGUGUUUAUCACACAGCAUUAUGACACUUCUGAAGGUCAGGGGACACCUUAUGAUCCAACUCAUACCUACAGGAUCACUACUACCCUCUUGAGACAGAUCAGAGAGUUUUCUGUGGGAGACAACCAACAGCAACUGUUGCAUCUCAGAAACUGCUAUGGAAGUAACGCUGAUGUUUUACAAAUCAGAAACACAUGGGGUGACCUUGCUUCACUUGGACUGCUGUUGUUUAUUGUGAUCCAGGAAAAGGAUUCUAACCAACAUAACAGACAUAAAAACAAAAGAAAUAAUCAGGCUUCGAAGAGCCGUGAUCUUAGAAAUUUUCAAAACCAAGAUUAUGUUGCUGUGAAUAUUAACGACGAUGAGGACUACAAAACCAGCAGGAGGACUAGGAACAGAGAAUCAGGCAGUUACAACACCUCAGUACCCUGUAAUGCCCAGAGGAAUUGUUGCAAAUUUUGCAAAUGUUGCAUAUGUUGCAUUUGUUGCAUUUGUUGUAUUAUUGCCACCAUAUUUUUAAUUUUAUAUUUUAAGAAAAUAUAAAACUACAAAGUGGGAAGAGUGCAAAUUUAAAGUCUAAGAUAAAAAUAAGGUGCAAAUAAGGUAAAAUAAGAUUAACAUUAAGGAUUAUAAAAUAUUUGUCAACGGUAGGGAUCAGUGAGAUAUAGGCUUAAUAUGACAAUCUUGUGAUAAAAGGCCAAGUAAUGUCAAUCCCCCUUCUCAAACUGUGUGCAAUGAUGGGCUGAGUCUUCAGGACGUUUGGCGCUUCAUAGCUAAUUUUAGUUAAAACAGUAGAAUUUCGUCUAAGUAAAAUGAUUGUUAUUGUAUAUUAUAAUGCACUGCUCUGGCAUGGUCACAAAGUUUAGGCUUCAUUCAUGCAACAAUGCCAUGCCCCAAGAUGUAUAAAAUAAUGACUCACUGAUGAUUCAUCCUAUGUUUCAUAGAGAUGAAGAGAAUGUACACUGAGCUGCCAGAUGAAAUGAAACAGAUAAGUGAACGGAGGUCUGUUACGGACACUAGUAACUGAAAAUGUAUUAGCUUGAACCAUAAGAGUGCAUUUUCUGGAUCUUUUGUAUUAUUUCUGUAGUGUUGGAAAUUGUGUAAAUAUUAAACUAGAAUUUAUCAGUCAAA